AGAGCACAAAAUUACUUCCGAGCAUGCGCAGUGAGAGUGACUGGGCCGGGUCGGAGCAGCGUCGGGAGAGUCGAGAGCGAGGGGCAGGCGAAGGCCGCAGAGCAAGAUGGCGGACACUGCUCGCCUGCAGCGGAAGAUGUCAAGAGCUGGAGAGAGCUUAUACCACAUCCUGGGGCUAGAAAAGGGGGCUUCUUCAGAAGACAUCAAGAAGGCAUACAGGAAACUGGCUUUGAAGUACCACCCAGACAAGAACCCUGAUAAUCCUGAAGCCGCAGAGAAAUUUAAAGAGAUCAAUAAUGCCAACACGACCCUCAGCGACGAGAACAAGCGGCGAAUAUAUGACGAGUACGGCUCGAUGGGGCUCUACGUGGCUGAGCAGUUUGGGGAGGAGAGUGUCAAGUACUACUUCCUCAUGUCCAAAUGGUGGUUCAAGCCGCUGACCAUAUGCUGCACCCUCCUCACCUGCUGUUGCUGCUGCUGCUGUUGCUGCUUCUGCUGUGGGAAGUGUCGUCCUCCAGAAGAUGAGGACGCUUACAAGCAUGUCAACCCCGAAGACCUUGAGGCCCAGAUCCGUGCCGAGGAUGAAGGUGUCAGUGCUAUCCAUAUGCAGCCUACUUCCAGCGCCACAUUGCACAAUACAGAUGAGACUCAGACCCGCAAGCCAUGACCUCAGUCCUUGCCAGUCGCAGUACAGCCUCCACCUUGUGCAACCAUUCCAGAGGAUCCCCCCCGUAGGCUUGGAUUGCUGAGUGGGGACCAUUUUUCAGUUCCUUUGACCCUUGGACUGUGGACAGAGAGCCUCCACCCGCUUGGAACCGAGAGGCCCUGAGGCUCCUGCCCCACGUGCGGGGGGUACUCGCGCACUUGCCCCAUCGCCAAACCAUGGUGUCAAACUCAGGGAACACGGCCAAGGACUUGCUCAAAACCUCGCGAGACUCCUUGCUUUGAAGGAGCACGGUUUUGCCUCCGCAUCGGAGAAAGAUAACUGACUAUGGAAGCAGCCAAUUAUGGCCUGUGGUUCCCAGCAAUAGGCCAGAUAUUUGGUGCUGGGCUGCAGGGGGUGCUUGGUCAGCCCUUCUGCAGUUCAAAAGGGUGGUAGAUGCGGGGAGUGUCAGUAGUCAUCAUCCCCAAGCAUAUUCCCCCCUUCCAGCUUUGACCUCUUGCUGUCCAUUGGAGUUGACCAGUGGAGGCCCAGCUCAUAGUGGGGGAAGGGGCUGUGAUCGGUCCCCAUCUGCGACACCAGGCAGGACAACCCACCCCUGCCAUGACCAUCCCUCUAGGCACCAGCAUGGCCCUCUUUUUAUUUUGUCCUGCGUAUUGGUGCCAAACCGGACUCAAGCCUGGCACAUGAAGCUCAGCAGGGCCCAGUAUUCCUGCUGGGGAAGAUCAGAGGCUCACCACCUCCCAAGGCGCGCCAGUCCAGUCACUGGUUUCAAUCACUGUGCGGGGAGCUGGGCUUCUCCAGCUUCCCCCUUUCUCUCCCUGCUUCGGUGGGGCAGCCCUAGGGAAAGGGCUGUUUUUCACACUGUGAUCAACCAUUUUUGUUAGGAUUUUUAUCAGCACAAUUAAAGGUUUCGGAAGGAAGGAAAGAAA